AUGAGAAUAUCAUUCCGUCGUUAUCUUGGAUCGAUGAGAUGGUUUCACAUUCCGGCAGCUGCAGGAUUUGCCCUUGUUGGCUAUCAACAAUAUCGUCAUAUCAGAGAUAGAGAGAGACGAAAAUUACAAACUCAAACUCCAGAGGAAUUAGUAAUUCCUAGCUGGCAGGUUACCUUGUUAAAGCAGUUACCCACCCGUUCAUUAUCUCGAGUUGCGGGAAUGCUUACUGAUAUCACGCUACCAAUUUGGUUGCGAUGGGCAGCCUUUAGUGCAUACGCAUGGGCUUUCAAAUGUAACAUGGAAGAAGCAGAAGUAGAGGAUAUUACUUGUUAUGAAAGCUUUGGGAAAUUCUUUACAAGGCAUUUGAAAGACGGAGCAAGAGUAAUCGACAAAGACCAUGAUCUUGUAAGUCCUGCCGAUGGUCAAAUCCUAUGUUUUGGGGCAGUAUGUGAUGAUAAAAUUGAACAAGUUAAGGGGAUCAACUAUAGUUUGUCAACCUUUUUUGGUCCAGACUCAGAAAUUGUAAAGUACUGUAGGAACAGCUCCGCAAAUGGACAUGUAAAUAGUCCUACUAAAAAUGGUGCCUGUGUAGAUAAAUGUUUAUAUCAUUGUGUCAUUUAUCUAUCUCCGGGAGAUUAUCAUCGCUUUCAUUCUCCCACUGAAUGGAAGAUCCAAUACAGACGUCAUUUUCCAGGUACGCUAAUGUCAGUGUCCCCUCUUGCUUUGAAAUUUGUACGAGGACUGUUUGCAUAUAACGAGAGAGUCAAUCUUAGAGGUGAAUGGAAGCAUGGAUUAUUUUCGAUGACUGCUGUUGGUGCCUAUAAUGUAGGCUCAAUCAAGAUAAAUUUCGAUUCGGAUCUUGCAACAAAUUUGCCUGGUAGUUUUACGGAAGGCGUAUUUAAGGAUUUUCACUACGCUAAAAGUAGUGUCAGUAGUGUUGGAGUUGGCAGAGGUGAAAAUAUUGGAGAAUUUAACUUUGGAUCUACCAUAGUUUUACUUUUUGAAGCUCCAACAGACUUUAAUUUUACUGUGGACUUGGGCCAAAAGAUCAAAUACGGUCAAGCUAUAGGAACUAGUGGUCUUCAAUAA